UGAAUAGCAAAAAGGAAGAGGAGAACCGAGUAUUUCUCGUUUUAGCCAUCCUCGAUGGAUCAAGUGAGACUCGAAUGAGUUGAUCAUCGAGCCUACAAGAUUCUUUUAAAAUCAUUUCUGUUGGUAAACGUAAUUCUCGCGGUGCUUGGGAAGAAGAUGAGCCACAUGGAGUCGUACGAGUGUCAUGGCAAAUCGAUCGCUCGCAAGGCCAACGAACCUCGCGGAUGUUGCUGCCGAUGCGGUCGCGAUUCUGCGACCUCAAGGAAACACGCAUCAGGAUGCCCGAAGUCACGGAGAAGAACCGUCAACGAGGACAAGAGAGAAAAAGAGGAGGACGAGGGAAUAGGCGAAGCCAUCGAGACCAAUUCGUGUUAUGACAAGUUCGCCUUGGCGAAGAGGCUGCACGCAGAGAACCUGCAGCACCAGCCGCUCCCGGAUAAAGUGGACGACCGCGUGUUCAAGAAUAUGACGGUUGCCGCGCACGGCUAUCGUUCUUGCUCGGCUACCUGCGACGCCAAACAUCGGAAUCGAGCGAACGUCCUGACGAAGCGAGAUCGCUUCACACCCGCACUCGGUUGCAAAGAGCCCAAGACCAGGAUGGACCUGGCGAUUUGCUGGGAGACUCCGAUCGAUCCUGUGUAUGAGCCGCGCAAGGCAAUGCAUAUCGACGGCUCUGACGGCGGCUCGGCGCCGGCGAUUUUCGCUCUGAUCCAGCAUACGCCGGCACCGAAGAACCGCGAGCUCCUUGCUCACGGCCAAGAGGGCGACCAUCGCGAGUGCGGUUGCGCGGGCGAGAAGGGCAAACGAGAGGCGAACUUGACUUCGGAGGAUCGAUGCUGCUGCGAGUGCCUCUGCGACGGCAUGAAAUCGGUCGCCAUAGCGGAAGUGGCGGAACUCCCACGAGGCAGGAAGUCCGCGCGAAUGAAUUCCGUGCCGCGAGUCACCGAGCGUAGGUGUGCCGCCUGCGAAUCGAAGGAGAUCGUCGAGGAGAGACGACGGGAUCCACGACUGAUCAGAUCCGCCGUAGGAAUCGCGCUCGGUGUCGAAGGGAAGAGCGAUGACAUCCGUAGGAACGGCCUGCCACCGGCCAAGAUGACAGUGCCAAGACCGCGAACGCCGUUCGCUAGACGAGCUUUCUGUAUCGACACCUUGGCACCGCCGUUCAGCGUGAUCCACGGCUGCCGGGAUGCCGAUUAUCCGGAACAUUGGCGCCUCAUGUCCGUGUAUCAGCAGUCAUACAGGAACCCGCAGAGGAGACGAGCCCGUCACUUCUGACGCGCGCCAUUUCCGCCGAGCGUGAAACGAUCCGGUCGCCGCAGAUAAGCGAGUGAAAAGUAGAAAACGAAACUUGAUUCGCUCAAUCUAAUCUGUGAAACGAAGAAAACAUUCCACGCAUACGAGACGCUGACUCUCCAAAGCUGUUAUUUUAUAGCGUGAUUAGUGAGAAAUAUGAACACUUUAAGUUUGUAAACAGAACGAUUAUUGUUGGUCGUUGAUUCGUCACUAUUAUACUGAGAAUUUGACGAACUUGUUGAACUUUUCGUUGUCUCGAUUGUUAUAAACAUAUAGUUGAUA